UUUUCAUAUUUCACUAUGAGCUUUAGUUGACCAUUACAUCAACAACGUCUCCUAAUUGUUAUGAUUUUUGUAUUUUUUGUGGCUAAAAAUUUUCAACGUUUUCUUCAAAAUGCGUGAGUGUAUUUCUAUCCAUGUUGGUCAGGCCGGAUGUCAGAUGGGCAAUGCAUGUUGGGAGUUAUACUGUUUAGAACAUGGUAUCCAGCCUGAUGGUCAGAUGCCAUCAGAUAAAACUAUUGGAGGUGGUGACGAUUCCUUCAAUACUUUCUUCAGUGAAACAGGGGCUGGUAAACAUGUACCAAGAGCUAUCUUUGUAGACCUGGAACCAAGUGUUGUUGAUGAAGUACGAACUGGUACAUACCGUCAACUGUUCCACCCAGAGCAACUCAUCACUGGUAAGGAAGAUGCCGCCAAUAACUACGCUCGAGGCCAUUAUACUAUCGGCAAAGAAAUAAUUGAUCUGGUUCUUGACAGAAUCAGAAAAUUAGCUGACCAGUGCACGGGCCUUCAGGGUUUCCUUGUCUUCCAUAGCUUCGGUGGCGGAACCGGUUCGGGUUUUACGUCCCUACUUUUGGAGAGACUAAGUGUGGAUUAUGGCAAGAAAUCAAAACUCGAAUUCGCCAUUUACCCAGCUCCUCAGAUAUCCACUGCCGUGGUUGAACCCUAUAACGCUAUUCUCACCACCCAUACGACCCUGGAACAUUCAGAAGUCGCUUUUAUGGUGGACAACGAAGCUAUUUAUGACAUCUGUCGUCGUAAUUUGGAUAUUGAGCGACCCACCUACACAAAUCUCAAUCGUUUGAUUGGCCAGAUUGUCAGCUCUAUUACUGCUUCUCUCAGAUUUGAUGGCGCGCUGAACGUUGACUUAACUGAAUUCCAGACCAAUUUAGUACCAUAUCCUCGGAUCCAUUUCCCCCUUGCUACCUACGCACCAGUAAUAUCUGCUGAAAAGGCUUAUCAUGAGCAGUUAUCAGUUUCGGAUAUUACUAAUUCCUGUUUUGAACCUGCCAAUCAGAUGGUAAAAUGCGAUCCUCGUCAUGGAAAGUACAUGGCUUGUUGUAUGUUGUACCGUGGGGACGUUGUACCUAAAGAUGUUAAUGCGGCCAUUGCUACCAUUAAAACCAAGAGAACCAUCCAGUUUGUGGACUGGUGUCCAACAGGUUUUAAAGUGGGUAUCAACUACCAACCACCAACUGUUGUACCAGGAGGUGAUUUAGCCAAGGUUCAGAGAGCGGUUUGUAUGUUAAGCAACACCACGGCGAUUGCUGAAGCCUGGGCACGUCUGGAUCAUAAAUUUGAUCUAAUGUAUGCUAAGAGGGCCUUUGUCCACUGGUAUGUUGGUGAAGGUAUGGAAGAAGGUGAAUUCUCUGAAGCUAGAGAAGAUUUAGCUGCCCUUGAGAAAGAUUAUGAGGAAGUUGGCGUGGAUGGUGGUGACGGCGAAGGCGACGAAGAAGGGGAUGAAUAUUAGAAAACUCUUAUCUCAAAACCAAAGCAAAACCCUCCUUAAAAAGGUCAAUUGUUUCUGGUGUAGUAAAUAAAAAUCAUGCUGUAUUUG